CCGGUGGGGUUUGGGCGGUACACGGCGGGCGGGAACCGAGAAGUCCCGGAGGUGCAGGAGCGGCUCCCAGCGCUGCCAUCAUGCCAGUUAAGAGAGCACUGAAGUUGGAGACCCUUGCAAAAGAAAAUCCACAUGAAGCAACACCUUUGAAGACCAGAAAGAAAAAUUUAAGCUCAUAUUCACCAACAACAGGAACGUGCCAAAUCAGUGCAUUUUCAUCUCCCACAAGUCAUAAUGUACAAAAGCUCGGAAAUGGUCUAUCAAAUGGAGACAGAGAUGAGCUGAAUUACUCAGAAAUCAGUUUAUCCAGAAGAGGGCAGUCUCAAACAGAAGAGUAUGAUAAGUUUAUGGUGUUGCAGUCUGAAGUUGAAAAUUCAUUGGUGAGAUUUCUGAAAAUGAGACAAAGCUUAACAAGUUUGCAGGCUUUAGAGGGCAGUAGAGAGCUUGAAAAUAUUUUUGGCAUCUCAGACUCAUCCUGUAACUUGAAAGCUGAAGUGCAGAAGACCAAAGUGCUAAUGGCUCAAGCAGAAAAACGAAAGCUGCUGAAGAGGAGUAAUGCAAAACAUCCUGCCCGAGAAUAUGUACAAUCUGGUAACAGCUAUGAAUUCCUUAAAUCCCUCAUUAACUGAGGCACUAUGUGAAAAAUGCAUUCCGUAUCAACACAAAGUUCUACAUCUGCUUUAUUGUACUUAAAAGGAGAGAAGAAAUGCCUGUAAAUCUAUCUCCCCAGCAAAUACCAAUUAAGGAUUGCUCAUUGCACAAGGCAGGUGCAUAUCUAGAUAAAAUUUCUGGUAUCUAAUUUAAACUUUACAAUGUGCACAACCAGAUAAUCUCAAUGUAAAUAAUUCAUUUCUUCAUGGCUCUUUUAUGCAUGUUUAUGUACUACAAGCUGAUCUAGAUUUACAGCUGUACAGAGUAUAAACUUCUUUUGCUACGUGCAGUUAUUACAAACAGUAGUUGUGCUGCCUUGGUGUAAAGGCUAUAAUAUGUUUUUAGCAUUGAGCAGGAAGAAGCUGAAUGUUUAAGGAUGAAUACUGAUUCCCAGGCCUUCAGAGAGACUGAAAAUUUCACAGUAAUGAUAUGCUCCAUCUCUAGGAAUGGGUGCCAGUUUUAUCAUGAGCAGCAAUGACUGCGUGACAAUUUGUAGGGCUUUGUUUAUGCUGUUCAUCAGCCCACCCAAAAGUUGAGAUGCUAUAUAAGAUAAGUUGCAGCAGUUCCAUGACAUUUGCAGCAAAUGCUGACAUACUCCAAACUGGGUGUUUGCAAAAAAAAAUUUUUUUUUUUUGGUUGAUUGUGAUCAAAUAACCUGGGAAAUUAUAUUAUGGUAGGAGUUAAUUCUGAAUACUCAACAAGUCCAAUUUGUUUUCAGAUAGGUAGCAGACUAUUAGGUUCCCUAACCCAGGGCCAUAUUUAUACUGCACAAGUGGAUGCUAUUGACUUAAAUGAGAAUGUUUGUGGAGUAAGGCAUAACUGAACAUUAGAAAAGGUAUCCAAGGCAGGCCCUCACUGUUUACAUGCAUGUACUUAGAGAAUGAUUAAGUGCUUACUUUAGUCUAGUGUACGUACUUAGUAAUAUAAGGGAAGAGUUGGUGUAAAAAUGGGUUUGCUAUUGUUUCCGCCAUCCUUUGCAUAUUUCUGAUUACCCUGAAAACUCUCCACCUUUAGGCAGAGUUGCCAAAUUUGUAAAGGCAGCUGUGGCCUCUCUUGUGUGUUGGGUAAGAAGUACAGGAGAUGUACAAAAAAGGUGCAGGAGUCUGAAUAUUAUUUUUUGCCACCAUUGUAGAGUAGUGCUUCUCAAACCAGGAGGCGACUAGCAUUUUACAAUUGAAGUUUUGAGUUAGACAAAGCUAAAAUGAUGAGUGGUGCAGAGAUGUUGCCAGCUUUGUAUACUCUACAACCACUCUGUAAAUGUAGAUAUUUUUGAAAUAGCAGAAACAUCCCUUUUUAAUAGAUAUGCAACCUGAUCCAAAAAGGCAUUUGGUGUGCAAGGAGAACGCAGAAUGUCUUAAGUUAGACAAGGGACAGUCAGCAACUAAUGUCAAGUUAGUAAAUUAUUUUUACCUUGACCCCAUAAUGUCAGAAUAACCAAGCUUAGCAAUUUGUUUUAUUAAGGAAAACAGAAAAUGUAGGGCUGAAUGGGGAAAAAGAUCUAGCUCCAGAUAUUACUCUUAACUAUGUGUACCUUAAUGCUGUUAAAGCCGUUACUGUUUCUUUGACCUCUUGGUAUACUUAGCUUUUGCCUUUCAGAAACAGCUGGGUCUGCUAAGAAC